CUUUCAUUCUCUGGCGAAUUCUACUGUUAGCCCGCAAUAAAUUCACCUAGUUCGAAUCUUUUUUGGUACGUACAGCGGAAUUGGCCAGCGAAAAUGUCGCCGCGAAGUAAGAUAGAUAUACUGUUAAAUUUGGUGCCGGAUUCACCAGCAUCCAUCAUACAACACUUGGAAAAUGAACCUGGGCUUGCAGCUGCUCAAGAUUCCCAUGGAUAUUCACUGCUACAUGCUGCAGCUUCGUAUGGGCAGCUUGAUCUGCUGAGAACCCUCAUCGGAAAAUUCAAGGUCCCGGCAAAUAUUACAGAUGAAGACAGUGAAACUCCGCUUUUCUAUGCUGAGAAGGUAGAAGUCGCAGAGGCACUGCUAGAGCUCGGUGCGGAUCUGUCACACAAGAACCAAGAUGGGCAGACCGCCGAGGAGAAAAUUGAUAAUGAAGAAGAAUUCCCACUCGUUGCUGCUUUCUUGCGACGAAAAUGCGCGGAUUUGAAUGGCCAUCCUAAUAGGGGAGUUGAUGGAUCGUCUUCUGAUGGGUCAAUGUCCCAUCCACCACCUUUACCGGAAGGUAUCAAGGUGAAUAUUGGGACGAUGUCGGAGCCAGAAGGUGAAGCACCAGAUCCGGAGUUUCGACGAAGGAUAGAAGAGCUUGCUUCGAGAGAAGACUUCCAAAGCGAAGAGGGCCAAAGGAAGCUACGAGAGUUGGUCACUGAGGCAGUCACAGGUCUCCGAGAGGGUGCUGGCCAAGACGAGCGAGCGGCGACAAGAAGACGAGUCGAGGAGUAAAUUCGGCCUCUCGGCCAGGUUCUGACGAACGGAAUCAUAAAGCCAUCAUUGCCUACUUCAGGUGGAUACGAAUGAAAAAAAUGAAAGGGCUGAGUUGUGUGUCACAUAUGUCAGACCAUUCAGGAAUGACUGAUGAGAGACGAUUACACUGAAAACCGAAUUGGCCUACUUAGCAACUACAACAUUUCAGUGCCCUUACACAAUGUCAUAUCGCUCAACUGCUGCAGAAGGCCUUACACAAGAACUGCAAGAGUUCAAAAGACUCGAAAGUCAAGGCUACAAGUGUCCAAUGAGGCAUAUGAAACAGUAGUGCAAUGUCGAAGUGGAACACGGAAGUACAGAUGAGCUUCCGAAGAACUAGAAGAAAAUGAAUGGUCUAAAUUUUAUCAUUAUCGUGACUGUGAUUAUCAGUCAUGAAACAGUCGGUUCACAUCUUGAUUAGAUCUAAUUCGAACUUAAGUAUUGAUUUAGCCGACUGGUUGCUCCAUGAGAAGAAAAACACGCAGUGAUUAUUGAUAUACGCUAGUACUUUGCUGUUCCAGGCAGCGGUACCGCCAUAGCAAAGGUUCAUAUUCACUACAUACGAGCGAAACUUUACACGUGGCAUUUUUUUCGUUCAGGGAAGAGAUCGAAAGAACAAGAGAAUGUCAAAUUCUAUUUGCGUUAACGCAACGGAGGCCAUUCAUUUCAAAAACGUAUUGCACUCAUACAAGGGCAGUAGUUGAAGAAAUGUGAAGGUUCUAAUAGGACCUGUGAGACCACAUAUCUAUUUGGUGGCUGAAGAUAAUAUGGUUCACCAUCAAGUGCCAUGAACGGAAGGACAUUUAAAGGUUCGAACAAAGGAUGGCAAAUAACUUAUUUUCAUAAUGUCAUCAGAUUGAUUAAGUAUGCGCAAUCAUAGCUCAUUAGUG